UAUCUGUAUUGGUUUUGUUUAUCUUUCAGUCAAUUUCACCAAUCACAUUGGAGCGUGCGGUUUCACCUCUAUGAUAGCUCCGUUUAUGUACCCUGUGACCCUGAUUAAAGUAGACGAAGAUAAUAACAUUAUGAGAGACAGGAACGGUGUUUGUGUAAAAGCUAAGCCAGGAGAGCCUGGAGAACUGGUAGGAAGAAUUGUUGUUGGAGAUCCACUCAGACAAUUUGAUGGCUAUGUUUGUAAGAAAGCUAGCGACAAAAAGAUUGCGUCUGAUGUGUUUAGAAAAGGUGACAUGGCGUUCUUAACAGGUGAUGUUCUAGUCAUGGACGAAUACGGUUACAUGCAUUUUAGAGAUCGUACUGGAGAUACCUUCAGAUGGCGCGGAGAAAAUGUAUCCACGUUUGAAGUGGAGACAACAAUUAGUAAAAUAAUCAAACUUAAUGACGCUGUAGUGUAUGGUGUUGAGGUCCCAGGGUCUGAAGGACGUGCUGGUAUGGCAGCAAUUGUUGAUCCAAAUGAUCAGAUAAAUCUGAUGGAACUGUGUAUGGCGUUGCAGAAAUCUUUGCCGUCAUAUUCGAGACCUUUGUUUAUACGUCUAAUGAGACAAGCUGCUGAUACUACAGGUACCCACAAGUUAAAGAAGACUACUCUACAAGCAGAGGGGUUUAAUCCAACUAUAGUAAAAGACAGGUUGUUUUAUAUGAACAAUAAAACUGGACAGUACGAAUCUCUGACGCAGCAAGUGUUUACUGAUAUAACUAACCAGAAAAUUAGACUAUGAUAUAAAUAUGACACAAAGAAGUAUAUAUUAAAAUGUGCGGAUAAUCUAAUUCUGAUCGUUAAUUCAAUUUGGAUAAUUUUACAUGUAUACUGAUUGUUAUGAUUCAGGGACUAAAAAAAAUCUACAAAUCUUGACUGGUUUUACAAAGGAUCGAAAUUAGGAUCAUUAUUAGGAUUGACAUUGGGAUCAAAAAUUAGUCUCAUUAUUGGGAUUGAAAUUGGGAUCAAAAAUAAGGGUAAAAAUAAAUCCAUUGUUAAUAUUGAUGGGUUAAUGAAAAGUUAGUGUGAAAUUAGAUGGUGACAUGUUUCCAUAAUUCUUCAUUAUUUUUCAAGAAGGUUGUUUUAAGAAGUUCAUGUUUAUUAGUCCCCUACUGGUUUAACCAGAGGUGACUUUAGGUUUACCUAUUGAGAGCUGUCCUUCUCACCAAGCGUUGGUGACCUCAACAAGCAAGUUUCUAUGCUUUUUAACUAUAAGUUUUUUAUUUUUUAAGGAUCCUGUAACUCAAUUUUCAUGAUUUUAUAUCAUAAAUAUAAUGCUCAAAUGCAGAUUUAUCAAUAUUGUAAGUUCCAAAAGCAUUAUUUGUAAAGAUAUUACUGAAUUUACAUUUCAUGUUAAGAAAGGGUGGUAAUUAGAAUUUUUUUUUCUAGUCAAAUUUUUCAAUAAAAAAUGAAUGCAUGUAUUUAAAUGAUUACUUAUAAAGUGUACAAAUAUUUGCAGUACAUGUUUUACAUAUUCUUCGAUGUUUGAAAAUUGUUUUAGAAGCAUAAUUAUAUACAUAUAUAAAAUUUCAUUUAAGUGUGAUAACCUUAAUUACAACAUGACAGGAUCUGUAAGGUAUUUACUUCAAACUUCAAAUAUAUGUUUCUGAUCAUCAAUCACAUCAUAUGUGACAAGGUUUACAACUGUAGCACAAAAAUAUCAGAAUUACACCCCUGGAACUUAUAAUUUUCAUUAAAAAAAGUGUGUUUUUUUUAUAACUUCUUUUUUUCUUAAUGUAUCUAUUUAGAACUCCAAUACAUGUUUCUUAUUAUCAAUCAAGUCUGAGAAGCUUUAAUACUUUGACUUGACUAUUUUCAGAAUUAUGUCUCCUUUGAAAAUGAUUUUUUUUUCUAGAAAUAAUUAUUUUUCCAUGAUUAUUGUCAAUUUGAACUUGUAAUUUAUUUGAAAAUUGUUGUUCUUUUGUUUCAUUUUCUUCUUUGUUACUAUAAUUGAUAUAUUUGAAAAUUGUUAUUUUUUUCAGUUUUCUUAUUUGUGACUGUAAAUGGUAUCUUCUUUAAACUAUAGAUAUUUUUUCUUUGUUACACUCACAUCAUGUAUGACAAUGUUCAUAAGUCUAGCAUAUUUAUUUCAAGAAUUAUCUCAUCUUUAGUUUAAGAAUUUUGCUUUUAAAAAUGUUAUAUUCUUGUAACAAGCAGGGAUUUUUAAAAAAUAAUAUAUCCCAAACUGUGAUUUUAGCGUUCAAUAAAGUCACUGAAUUAUAUCAUGAGGGCGUAACUAAGGUGAUAUAAUGAUGUGCAUCAGAACAACAAACAGUGAUGUUAUUAAAAUCACCGAUUUAGAUAUAUUAUUUGGAUUCUAACAUGACAUCAACAAUUAAAUGCUGCCAUACUUGAUAUUAAGCAAAAUUGCGCCUGAUUUGUUUCCAUACUUUUUUCAGCGCGACGGUUUUUAGUGGUUACAUCAAAUGUACAUGUAUAAUGAUUACGUCACAUGUCUAAAUAUAGAAAGUCAGCUUUAAUAUUUUUGCAUAAUAAUACACUUUCGGUUCUUCUAUGUUCAAUUGGGAAAAAUGCGGGUCGUGUUAGAAUUUAAGAUGUACCCUCAAGAGUGUCUGUCAAACCAUUUGUUCCUUAAAACUCUUUCCUGAAUUCACUUUUAAAGAACUUGGAACUUUUCCAACAAAUUUACUUAAAAUAGAGAGAAAUUGAAAUAUUAGUUAUAUUCAUUCCAAGAAAAUUGGAUCUUUUUAAUAUCUGUUGUAUAAACAUAAUUUCCUUACUAAGCAGGGAAACUUAACACAUUUCUAUAGAACAGACAAACUUAGAACUCAAAAGAUUUAAGAUCAUGCAUGUCAUUCAUUCAUUCCUUCAGUGGCAUAAUUGAGUUGCCAGUGGCCCUUCAGUAUGUUACUGGGGUUCUGAGAGGUAGGGGACUAAUGUAUUGCUUGCAAUACUGUGAUAAUUGCUUGAAAUAAUACUGAUCUAA